UUUCUUUUAUGUUUUGUUAUAAGAACACAGUGACAAAAAACAUCGCGUUCAUAUCAUAAGAAUUAAAACGAAAACAAAGAUGUUCAAGAUUUUCAGCUGUGUGAUACUUCUUGGUUUCCUCUGCCAAAUAGGUACAGGUCUGUUUACCGCAAGAAAACCAACCAAUUUGGCUCCUAAGAACGGUACUAAUGUUGUUUUUGGCACAGUGGUCGUCAAUGAUGGAGACCGGUACAAUAGCACAUCCGGUGUAUUUACGGCUGCGAGAGGGGGCGAUUAUUUGUUUACGGGAGCGUUGUGUCCGCAGAGAGCUAAAGGAUUCUACUUUGGUAUCACACAAAACGGAGUUGAACAGACGCGCGCCUCAUUUACAGAGACCGACGGGCAUGUCUGUCACACAUUUACAGCGAUUCUUAGGCUCAAACGCCAUGACAAGGUCGCCUUAAGAUCUGAAAAUGAUGCAAACUUAUUAAAUGAAGAUGCAGCACGCUGGAAUAUGUUCUAUGGUGUCAAAGUAUAGAUGAAUCAAUGUUAGACGGUACGGAACUGCAAUGUAAAAAAUCAUAAUAUAACUACUGAAUACCAUGUCAAAAAAAAAUAAAAGAGUUGUGUAACUUGAAGUUCAAAAAGAUGAUCAAUAGAUUUUAACAUUUCAAAACUACUCGCGAUUUUAUCAAGAAUUUAUAGCCAAUUAAAUCAAGAUAUCGGUUACAGCUAAUACACGAUAUUAUUACAUACUGUGAUAGCAAUUUGUUUGCAAUACCAAUAAAUUUCGGUUGUUUUUUAAAGAUGCACUUUUAAUCCCAAAUAAGAUUUAUUACAAUUACACAUUUAAUACCUUUGUUUUAAUAUUUCUUAAAGGAUGAAUAAAUGUCGAAAACAAUGGUUCUUAUAAAGGAUACCGAGUUUGAUUUAAAAGAUAUGAGCAUAAAACACGGUAUUCCUACCUAUAAGACUAUAGUAGAACACAGUAAAUCUUUUA